AUGGAUCAACCUAAAAAAACAACUCAUCGCUUCCCAUCAAAAAAAUUAUCAGUUAAAAAAUCGCUGAGUUCUCGAGUGAUGAAUGUUCUAGGAAUUCGUGCCAAAACUAAUCCCAACCCAGAUGUCGUAGAACCUGUUGUGGAACCUUUUUUCUUAGGUGCUGACAAUCAACCACCAUGCUCAUCGAGGGAAACGAUUAGUCACAACUCAGAGACUGUAGAAUCUGUUGUGGAACCUUUUUUCUUAGGUGCUGACAAUCAACCACCAUGCUCAUCGAAAGAAACAAUUAGCAAAAUGGUGGAUUUGAGGGAUAACGAAACUAAUGAUUGGGGUACUGAAGACAUUUUACAUAACUUGACAUUUGAUGAAUCUAUAUCUAGUAAUCAAGAAACCAAGUAUGAAAGUUCGGGAAGACGAAUAGUGGAUAUACAUUACGUUUUUAGUCAAAUUAAAAAUAGUGUUCAUCAAGGGUCAUUUGGUUGUUCAUUUUUGAACAUGACAUUUAUUUCUGAAAAAAGACACGGAUUUAGAUCAACAUUUAGGUUUCAGUGCGAUGUAUGUAACAUUAUUACGUUUAUUAACUCAGAAAAGUUGAAACCUGAGACCUUUAUGCCGAUUAACGAUGCCGCCGUAAACGGAUCAAUAGCAGCUGGAAUUGGUUUUACACAAUUAUCAGAAAUGUGUGCGGUUAUGGAUAUCCCUUGUAUGUCUUCGUCUACUUUUCUCUUAGUACAAGAAUUUAUUAGCAAAAGAAUCCAUGAAGUCGCCGAGGUGCAAAUGAAAAUUGCUGGUGAUGAGGAACGUCAGUUAGCAAUAGAAGCUGGUGAGAUAGAUACUGACGGAACCCCGAUGUGCACUGUAGUUGCUGACGGACAAUGGUCCAAACGCAGUUACAAGACCAAAUACGAUGCAUUAUCCGGAGUGGCAACAAUAAUUGGUUACAAAUCGAGAAAAAUUUUGUUUGUGGGUAUUAGAAACCGUUAUUGUAUCAUUUGCCAAAGAGCCAAAAAUAAGAAGUCAUCUCCUCCUGAA